AUGAACUUUGCCUCUGCAGCACCUGAUCUGAGUCUAGAUAUCUCUCCCAUGGCUUUCACUCCCACCGGUCCAUCCCCUCAACACUACACCUAUGACCAAAGAGCACAACAAGACGACAUGGCUCAAAGACAUACCUCGUGGGCUCCCUCACCCACUUAUGGCCCGCCCAGGCCUGCCGCCGAAGGCUACUAUUCCUACGAACCUGAACACUCCCGUCUGCCGCCCCCCACGGGUUCGAUGAACGCUAUGUCCAGUUCACAGCCCAGACCGUUCGCACAAGAGCACUCGCAGUACCAUCGUCCUGAGUACAAUCACCACCAUGAGUACCACCAACCUCCUUCUCCUGGCUACCAACAGCCGCCAUCUCAAUACCAACACUAUCAACCACCACCGCAUCCCUCACUAGCCAACGACCAAUACCGGGCACCCAUGCCCAGGUAUCACCAGGAAGCCCCUCGGGAGUCGCCGGCAGUAUCACCGGCGGGCCGUGAGUCCAAUGACCAAUUUCGGGAAGCAAGGGAGCAGCAUUUCAUCAUGCGGAACCAACCGCCAGCAAUGCCCACCGCCCCGCGUGGGCCGAACAGCAACUAUGACGGGAAGGUUCCCAUCCCCUUCACUCCUCCAAGUUUAAGGAUGCCUCCGGUACGAUCUGGAUCGACCGUCCAGCCGCCUGACAGGAGUGUCAAGAUUGAAGAUCUUCUUAGCGGCGGCGGAGUCUCACAGUCGGCUCAACGUGCCCCAGAACAGAAGCCCACGCUACGCAAGAACGAAUACGAAAUCUUUUUCCGACAGCAGCCCGUUGCGGCAAGAUGCUGCGGCUAUGGAGAGAGGGACCGCAGAGUUAUCGACCCGCCGCCCAUCGUUCAGCUAAAGAUUAACAACCCCGACUUGUCCGCUGAUGAAAUGUACGAAAGAGUCCACCACCCAUCCUAUGUUGUCCACUGCAGCAUCUGGGACGAGUCCGGAACGGUUGACAGCACCGACAUGCCUCCGGACUUUGUACGACCGGGUAAGCGCAUCAUGGGGUCACUUGUUUCCUCGCCUUUCGUAGGGCAAGAUGAGCACGGCGAAGAGGGCUGCUUCUUCUGCUUCCCUGAUAUGUCGGUCCGCACACCCGGCCACUACCGCCUCAAGUUUGUCCUGGUCGUCGUCGACCCCACCCAUCGCGCUAGGAUAGCCCCGAUCAGAUCUACCAUCAUGAGCGAUGUCUUUACUGUGUAUAAUGCCAAGGACUUCCCAGGCAUGCAGGCCAGCACAGCCCUAACCAAACGCCUAAAGGAACAAGGCUGUCUCAUCUCCAUCAAGAAGGGUAACGAAAAGUCAGGUGCCAAGUCUCGCCGUCAAGACGACAGUGAUGAAGAUGAUGAAGAUACUGUUUCAACGGGCAAGCGCAAGAAGCCCAAGAAGCAGCGGUAA